CCGUCGCGCGCGGCCCGGCUCGCCAUCGGGGGCGCGCUCUGUGUGGCCGCUGCCGCCAUGUUGUUGUGGUUGUGAAAAGGCGGCGGCAGCGGCCGAGGAGCAGCCUUACAAGACGCUCCAGCGGCCGAGUGCUGGCCCCCCGCCGGCCCUGGCUGGAAGCCUGGUGGGGUGGCGGAGGAGGCCGUGCCGUGGCGGGCUUCGCCAUGUCCUGCCGCCCGAACUCAUGACCUCAUGCUUGCCACAGGUGCUUAUGCAGAUUUCCUUGUGAAACCUUGUAUAGUGGUAGAAAAAUUAUCAGGCUAAACAUCAUUUGCCUUCCAAGAAUGGUGUAUGCCAAACCUCUGACUUGGGCCUUCUUAGCCUUUCCACGUAUACCUGCUCUUGAGUUGUUGCUUUUAUGCCAUCCAUACACUAAGAUCUGAGCAUAAGAUAAAGAAGAAUCUUGUCAGACACUGAAGAAGGGACGGGGAUCUCUCCUCCUAAUCUGGGCCUCGUGUCAUGGAUGAAGAGACUCGGCACAGUCUUGAAUGCAUCCAGGCCAAUCAGAUCUUUCCCAGGAAGCAGCUGAUUAGGGAGGAUGAGAAUCUGCAGGUUCCUUUCCUUGAGCUUCAUGGAGAGAGCACAGAGUAUGUGGGCCGUGCAGAGGAUGCCAUCAUUGCCCUUUCUAAUUAUAGACUUCACAUCAAAUUCAAGGAGUCUCUUGUUAAUACUGCUUCUCCCUCUACUGCUUCUGAAAUCCCAGUUCCAUUACAGCUUAUAGAAAGUGUUGAAUGUCGAGAUAUAUUUCAACUUCAUUUGACUUGCAAAGACUGCAAAGUUAUCAGGUGUCAGUUCUCAACGUUUGAGCAGUGUCAAGAUUGGCUCAAGAGGCUGAACAAUGCAAUUCGACCACCUGCUAAAAUAGAAGAUCUCUUUUCAUUUGCAUACCAUGCUUGGUGCAUGGAGGUCUACGCCAGUGAAAAAGAACAACAUGGAGACCUGUGCAGACCAGGAGAGCAUGUAACGUCAAGGUUUAAGAACGAAGUAGAACGGAUGGGUUUUGAUAUGAACAAUGCCUGGAGGAUUUCCAAUAUCAAUGAAAAAUACAAGUUAUGUGGUAGCUAUCCACAAGAGCUCAUAGUGCCUGCAUGGAUCACUGACAAAGAACUAGAAAGUGUAGCAAGCUUCAGGUCGUGGAAGCGCAUCCCUGCUGUUGUCUACAGACACCAGAACAAUGGAGCUGUUAUUGCUCGCUGUGGACAGCCGGAGGUCAGCUGGUGGGGCUGGCGAAAUGCAGAUGAUGAGCACCUGGUACAGUCAGUAGCCAAAGCAUGUGCUUCUGACUCCCGAUCAAGUGGCAGCAAGCUAUCUACUAGGAACAGUUCUCGAGAUUUUCCCAGUCGAGGAGACCUUUCUGAUGUGGAGUUUGAUUCUUCUCUGUCUAAUGCUUCAGGAGCAGAGAGUUUAUCUAUCCAGCCACAGAAGCUUUUGAUAUUGGAUGCACGCUCCUAUGCAGCAGCUGUAGCAAACCGAGCCAAAGGAGGAGGCUGUGAAUGCCCAGAAUAUUACCCGAAUUGUGAAGUUGUAUUUAUGGGGAUGGCAAACAUUCAUUCUAUUCGGAGAAGUUUUCAAUCUCUGCGGUUGCUGUGUACACAGAUGCCAGAUCCGGGAAAUUGGCUUUCAGCUCUUGAGAGUACAAAAUGGCUGCAUCAUCUGUCUGUGCUUCUGAAAUCAGCACUUCUGGUGGUACAUGCUGUGAAUCGUGAUCAGCGCCCAGUGUUAGUACAUUGUUCAGAUGGCUGGGACCGCACCCCUCAGAUUGUGGCAUUGGCUAAGCUCCUACUAGACCCUUAUUACCGAACCAUAGAGGGUUUCCAGGUCCUUGUGGAGAUGGAGUGGCUGGAUUUUGGUCAUAAGUUUGCUGACCGGUGUGGUCAUGGGGAGAACUCGGACGAUCUAAAUGAGCGUUGCCCAGUGUUUCUGCAGUGGCUUGACUGCGUUCAUCAGCUUCAGAGGCAAUUUCCUUGCUCUUUUGAGUUCAAUGAAGCAUUCCUUGUGAAACUGGUGCAGCAUACCUAUUCCUGCCUUUUUGGAACAUUCCUGUGCAACAACGCCAAGGAGAGAGGAGAAAAGCAUACUCAGGAGCGGACGUGUUCUGUUUGGUCACUCCUUCGCGCAGGCAACAAGGCUUUCAAAAACCUACUGUAUUCCUCUCAGUCAGAUGUCGUACUGUACCCUGUGUGCCAUGUGCGUAACCUGAUGCUAUGGAGUGCAGUGUACCUGCCCUGUCCAUCCCCGUCUACUCCUGUGGAUGACAGUUGCGCACCAUAUCCAGCUGCAGGCACUAGCCCUGAUGAUCCUCCCCUGAGCCGGCUACCAAAGACUAGAUCAUUUGACAAUCUCACCACAGUCUGUGACAGCACAGUGCCUCUAGCCAGCCGGCGCAGCAGCGACCCCAGUCUGAAUGAGAAGUGGCAGGAGCACCGUCGUUCACUGGAGCUGAACAGCCUAGCCAGUCCCGGAGAGGAGCUUACUGCUGCUGCUGACAGCUUGGGGAAGCCUGGCAGGAUUCCAGCAGGUGCUGAGCUGUCUGUGGCAGCUGGAGUGGCUGAAGGGCAGAUGGAGAACAUUUUGCAAGAGGCCACCAAAGAGGAGUGUGGAAUGGACGAGCCUACCCAUAGAGGCAGUGUCAAGAUGCCAGAGAUUAAAGAGGAGGCACCCUUAGCGAAAGAGAGCAGUGUGACUGUGGCUGAGGGCUCAGCCAUUGUGUUUUAUCAAGAACCAGAGCUGGAUGAUGCUAUUUUGAGGAACCACCCAGGUACCACCCUGUCUAUGUUCUCACAGGAUACUCCUGAGAAGCAGAAUGAGCACAAUGUUCUCAGUUCACUCCAGGCUUCCCCCAAGGAAAAGGAUAUCCAGGAGGUCUCUAUAGAACAGCCUCAAAUAGGGAAUAUCUCAGAGGAUAGCGAGGAUACAAUUCCUGGCAUCCCAGUAGAUGUUAAAGUUGGCUAUCGUACCUCAUUGUCUAGUUCUCUGCUACUUUCCCAAGUCCCAUUUGAGACCAGAGGACCAAACAUGGACAAUCCCAUGAACAUGUUAAUAGAAGAUAAGGUAAAGGCAGAAAGUGAGCCUCGAGUCCAUCAUAGACCUUGCCCUGUAAUUAGUGGCAGGUUCAGUGGCAAGGACAAACUUCCCCCAGUGCUGGAGCCCAGGCCUGUGGAGAGGAGCCUACCUGAGAGGCCCCAGGGGCUGUCUGUGGUACAGAGGACUUCCCCUGGCAGCACUAUCAGCCCAUCACCAGCCCCUUGUGCCUUGGCUUUAACUGAAUGUAAAGAAGGACUUGUGUGCAAUGGUGCCCCAGAGACUGAAAACAAGGCUUCAGAGCAGCCCCCAGUGCUUGGCACUCUUCAGAAGUACCCCACGCCCAAUGGGCACUGUGCCAAUGGGGAGGCUGGGAGGAGUAAGGACUCACUGAGCCGCCAGCUCUCUGCCACAAGCUGUAGCUCUGUCCACUUACACUCAAGGAACUUGCACAAGUGGCUGCACAACCACUCGGGGAGACCAUCUGCAACCAGCAGCCCUGAUCAGCCUUCCCGCAGCCACCUGGAUGAUGAUGGCAUGCCUGUGUACACGGACACAAUCCAGCAGCGCUUGCGUCAGAUUGAGUCAGGACACCAGCAGGAAGUGGAGACCCUAAAGAAACAAGUGCAGGAGCUGAAGAGUCGUCUUGAGAGCCAAUACCUGACCAGCUCCCUGCACUUCAAUGGGGACUUUGGAGAUGAAGUGACUUCAAUACCCGACUCGGAAAGCAAUCUGGAUCAGAACUGUUUGUCUCGCUGCAGCACAGAGAUUUUCUCUGAAGCCAGCUGGGAGCAGGUGGAUAAACAGGACACAGAGAUGACCCGUUGGCUUCCUGACCACCUGGCUGCCCACUGCUAUGCGUGUGACAGUGCCUUCUGGCUUGCCAGCAGGAAGCACCACUGCAGGGACAUUGACCGUGUUGAUCAAACGUGGAAUUGUGGAAAUGUAUUCUGUUCCAGUUGUUGUAACCAGAAGGUUCCAGUUCCUAGCCAGCAGCUAUUUGAACCCAGUCGAGUGUGCAAGGCUUGCUAUAGCAGCCUACAUCCCACGAGCUCCAGCAUUGACCUUGAACUGGAUAAGCCCAUUGCUGCCACUUCAAACUGAAGUUCGGUGACCUGGAGUGGGCAGAGGCGAAGCUGCUGUUCCUCUGACAGGCCUACACAGCCUGGGAAGACCGAAAGGCCCAUGCACUUUGGAAUGGGGCUUGGAACCACCUGUAUAGAGUGACAGAAAUUGGGAUGUACCACUGGAUUGUAGAUUGAUUUUUCUUUUAACCCCUCCUUCCUUUUCUAUCCUCCCUCUGCCUUCAAAAACAAAAAAGUCCCCAGGUUGUCUUAAAUUUUUUUUUCAUUGAAAGACCAGAGGUUGCCAGGCCCCCGUAACUGCUGAGCUGCCUUCUGUCAGGCACACUGAGGGAUAGCAUGAUACUUCUUGGUAUAGAAGAUUGGUCAGAGCCAAGAAUAGAGGCCUGAGACAGUGAAUAGGAAAGCAAGCCAGUACUAAUAUUUGUGACCAUUCCUCAUGCCACCGCCACAUCAGACUGGUUGGGAAACCUCCACUGCUGGAGAGGCUGGAAGCAUCUUCCCAAGAACACUGCCCUAGGUGCCUCUUGCUCCUGAGAGAGGGCCCAUCCCACCUCAUAGAUAGGCAGGGAUUGGCAUUUGGAGGGAUGGACACACAGUGCAUGAAACCUCCAGACUCCUAUUGGGAAAGAAAGUGUGUGUUCUUUGAGGCAAGUGACGGGUUGGGGAUGGAUGGUCAGUAUUUGUUCCCCAUGGAAUUCUGUUUUUAACUUAACCCAGAUUGUGUAAGGCUCCUUUCACUUUCAGGGGGUUGCUACCUAGGUAGGCUGGGUACUGCUUCCUCGGGUGUAAGAAUGCAAUUUGGCUACCCUGUGGUGUCUGCUGUGGCUAAGGCCUCCCUUGAGCCCAGGCAUAUCCAGGAGCCCUAUUCCAGGGCCUGAUCCCACAAACAAUCUUUCUUCCUCAGCCAGCAUGGGGAAAUCCAGACUCAGGGUUCCAAAAAUUCCCAUUCCCAAACCAAACAAAUCAUGGAUCUCACAUUUAAGGGGUAGAAUCAGCCUUUAGCAUUAGAAAGGUCCCCAUACAAUUAACCUUCCUCCUCUUCCCCUUCUUUGGGCAGCACAAAGCACCCAGCAGUUCCCCUGCUCUACUCCUGACUACCUGAGUGAGCACAUGCCCACUGGCUGGUGGCUGGCAGUGAAGGGAUAGCUCAUGAUUUUGCAAGGUUUCUUAGAGAAGUAACGUGUCUUGGAGGAGAUUCAGGGUACCUUUCCUGAGAUUUAAUGUGGUCUGAAAAGAGCCUUAAGAAUAUUUGUGGUAGAAGUGAGUAUGGGGAGGGAUAGAGAGAAGUUUAGGUUUAUGCUCUGUAAGAUUGGCUCCGUGUUUUGUGCAUGCCUUCCCUCUUGGGGAAGGGAAAGGGCCACACUUGGCUUUGCUGAAAACUGCUACCUGAUAAUAAUGGGGCAGAUCAUGGUGAGGAGGUAGGUGUGAGGUCAGGGAACACAGAAGUUCCACCCUUCUCAGCACUCCUCUUCCUCUUUGGAAGCAAUUCUUGGUCAAGGGCAAGCUGUGUUUCAGGAAGGUAGCUCCUACGUGUCCUGAGUAUGGUUACGUGUGGUUAGACACCUUCCCUGGCACUAUCCAGCCAAAUCCCAGAGCAUCUUGAGCAUGACCCCAACUCCCACAACAGCAAAUUGCUCAGAGUCCAUGCAUAGUGAAACAGGGUGUAGUUCUCCACACUCUGCGUGGUCUUGUUGUGCAGGUUGGGAGAAGUCUGUGUAGUUGAAGAUUGUGCAGUUCCUAGUGACAGGUGCCAAGAGGUUGUGAUACGGGUUUCUUGGGUCUGAUGUACAGUGUGAAUAAAUGCUUGCAGCUCUUAGCCCUUUUUUGAUCAAUGAAGCACUUUUUUAUUAAUAUUUUUCUUUGUAUGUAAAGGAGGAACCGUAACUCUCCAUAGCUGUACAUAUAACCCUUUUCUCCUAAAGAGGAGUCAGUGCUCCUAUAUUUUUCAUUUUUUGUCAAAGCAAGAAGUAAAUACUUUAGAAUUGUUAAAUAUAUAAAUAAAGCGAAUAAAGUUGA